AUGCUGGCUAUUUCUUCCCUUGCACGCAUCCAAAGGUUGGUGGCUCCUUGGACGCAGAUCAUGAAAGCCCGGCUCGAGUCAUCGGUCAUCUUUCUAAGCUUCACCAUACUCUAUCUGUCGUCGAUUUCGGAGGCUUACUUGAUAACGACAACGAUCAGCCAGCUCGACCAACUAUCCUCCUCAAAUUCCAAACAGGACGUGAACAAUUUCCACAUUUCUACUCCGAAGCUCUUACACGAAUUCAUUUUCCCAUCCGGCCAGGUGGACGUCGACGCAGUGCUGGCAUUGAUUUCGGCAAGAUUAUCAUACAUUCCUUUCUUUAACAAGGUCCAAACAGAUCCAAUUGGAUGCGAUUGUCAUUCGAGUUCCCAACAUACCAUCAAAUCAACUAAUUGGUCAGCAAGAAAUAACCCUACAGUCAGAAAACUUCGUCAAAGUUUGCCGUCCUUGGAACAACACCUAAGUCCAAAAUUUACCCCGAAGAAGGGGCACUCGAUCAAAAAGGAAAAAUGCUUCGAAUACACUUUACAGAACGCUGUUGUAUCAAUCGCAACUUUCUAUCCGCUCUUUUGA